GGGAAGGAGUUUGGAACCCUCAGGCCCUGGAGUGCAUGGGAGCUGCAUGGCUACCGGUUCUCCCUGCUCUCCCACCAGGAGGAGCGGGUGCUCUCAGGGGUGCUGGAGGCCUCCAAGGCGCUGCUGGAAGAGCAGCUGCAGGCUGCCCGAGAGCGCUGCGCCCGGCUGCACGAGACCCAGCGCGAGAACCUGCUGCUGCGGACCCGGCUGGGCGAGGCCCAUGCGGAACUGGACUCUCUGCGGCAUCAGGUCGACCAGCUGGCUGAGGAGAAUGUGGAGCUGGAGCUAGAGCUUCAGCGGAGCUUGGAGCUGCCCCCAGGAUCCCCUGGGGAGGCACCCCUGCCGGGAGCAGCCCCCUCGCUGCAAGAUGAGGUGAGGGAGGCAGAGGCUGGGCGGCUUCGGACCCUCGAGAGAGAGAACCGGGAGCUUCGGGGGCUGCUUCAGGUGCUUCAGGGGCAGCCAGGGGGCCAGCACCCCCUGCUGGAGGCACCGAGAGAGGACCCUGUGCUUCCGGUGCUGGAGGAGGCUCCCCAGACUCCUGUGGCUUCCGACCACAGUCCCCAGGGCUUGGCUCAGAAGGCAAGGGAUGGAGGCCCCCAGGCCUUGAACUUGGCUUCCCCAGCAUCAGACUCAGUGCUCAAGGGGUCAGCUGAGUGUCCCCAGGCACCUGAUUCGGACACACAGGAGGCAGAGAGUCCCCUUCAGGCAGCUACUGUGGACCCCCAGGCCUCAGACUGGUCCCCCCAAGAGUCAGACUGUCCUGUGGAGACACAGGAGUCCCCAGAGAAGGCUGGCUAUAGAUCCUCUCUCCAGAGCCCUGCCUCUGUGGCCCCACCUCAGGGUCCAGGGACCAAAAUUCAGGCCCCGCAGUUGCCGGGAGGAGACACCGAGGGAAGAGAGGCUCCCCAAGGUGAGUUGGUGCCUGAGGCCGGGGGCUUGAGACAGGAGGACCCUGAGCACAAGCCAAGGCCUUCGGAGCCCAGCUCUGUGCAGCUGGAGGAGCAGGAGGGCCCAAACCAGGGCCUGGACCUGGCCACGGGACAAACAGAGGCCAGAGAGCAUGACCAGAGGCUGGAGGGGAUGGUUAGGAACCCAGCCUGGCAAAAACCACAGCAGAAGUCAGAAGGGGCUCUUGAGGUCCAGGCCUGGGAGGGCCCAGUCAUGGGGGAGAGCCUGGCCAGUGGUGUCGCAGAGCAGGAGGCGCUCAGGAAGGAGGUGGCACAGCUGAGGAGAAAGGCUGAGGCCCUUGGAGCUGAGCUGGAAGCCCAGGCCCGCAAGCUGGAGGCCCAAGACAUGGAGGCUGCCCGCCUCUCCAAGGAGCUGGCCCAAGCGCGAAGGGCAGAGGCCGAGGCACACCGGGAGGCAGAGGCCCAGGCCUGGGAGCAAGCCCGGCUGCGGGAGGCAGUGGAGGCUGCCGGCCGGGAGCUGGAGGCUGCGUCCCAUGAACGGGAGGCGCUGGUGGAGGCGCUGGCAUCAGCGGGCCGGGAGCGGAGGCAGUGGGAACGUGAGGGGUCCAGGCUGCGGGCCCAGUCGGAGGCCGCCGAGGAACGGAUGCAGGCGCUGGAGAGCGAGGGCCGCCAGCACCUGGAGGAGGCUGAGAGGGAGCGCCGGGAGAAGGAGGCCCUCCAGGCGGAGCUGGAGAAAGCUGUGGUGCGGGGCAAGGAGCUGGGGGCCCGGCUGGAGCAUCUGCAGCGUGAACUGGAGCAGGCAGCUCUGGAGCGCCAGGAAUUUCUGCGAGAACAGGAAAGCCAGCACCAGAGGUACCAGGGCUUGGAGCAGCGGCUGGAAGCUGAGCUGCAGGCAGCGGCGACCAGCAAGGAGGAGGCACUGAUGGAGCUCAAGACCAGGGCCCUGCAGCUGGAAGAGGAGCUGUUCCAGCUGCGCCAGGGCCCCGCGGGGCUGGAGCCCAAAGAGCAUGCGGAGCCUCGGCUGGUGGAGACCCAGAAUGUGCGACUUAUUGAGGUGGAACGCAGUAAUGCGACACUGGUGGCAGAGAAGGCAGCUUUGCAGGGGCAGCUGCAGCACCUGGAGGGGCAGCUGGGGAGCCUGCAGGGCCGUGCCCAGGAGCUGCUGCUGCAGAGCCAGCGGGCGCAGGAGCACAGCAGCCGCCUGCAGGCCGAGAAGUCUGUGCUGGAGAUUAACGGCCAGGAGCUGCACCGGAAGCUGGAGGUGCUGGAGGAGGAGGUGCGGUCGGCGCGGCGGUCCCAGGAGGAGACCCGUGGGCAGCAGCAGGCCCUGCUUCGGGACCACGAGGCCCUGGCACAGCUGCAGCGGCGGCAGGAGGCCGAGCUAGAGGGACUGCUGGUGCGGCACCGAGACCUCAAGGCCAACAUGCGGGCACUGGAGUUGGCCCACCGGGAGCUGCAGGGCAGGCAUGAGCAGCUGCAGGCCCAGCGGGCCAGCGUGGAGGCACAGGAGGUGGCCCUACUGGCAGAGCGUGAACGCCUGAUGCAGGAUGGGCAUCGGCAGCGGGGCCUGGAGGAGGAGCUGCGGAGGCUUCAGAGCGAGCACGACAGGGCUCAGCUGCUGCUGGCAGAGGUGUCUCGGGAGCGGGGUGAACUUCAGGGUGAACGUGGGGAGCUACGGGGCCGGCUGGCGCGGCUGGAGCUGGAGCGGGCACAGCUGGAGAUGCAGAGCCAGCAGCUGCGCGAGUCCAACCAGCAGCUGGACCUGAGCGCCUGCCGGCUGACCACACAGUGUGAGCUAUUGACACAGCUGCGAAGUGCCCAGGAAGAGGAGAACCGGCAGCUGCUGGCUGAAGUGCAGGCCCUGAGCCGGGAGAACAGGGAGCUCCUGGAGCGCAGCCUGGAGAGCCGGGACCACCUGCACCGCGAGCAGCGGGAGUACCUGGAACAGCUUAAUGCCCUGCGCCGAGAGAAGCAGAAGCUUGUGGAGAAGAUCAUGGACCAAUACCGUGUGCUGGAGCCUGGGCCCCUGCCCCGGACCAAGAAGGGCAGCUGGCUGGCAGACAAGGUGAAGAGGCUGAUGCGGCCCCGGCGGGAGGGGGGCCCCCCUGGGGGGCUGCGCCUGGGGGCCGAUGGGGCUGGCAGCACCGAGAGCCUGGGGGGCCCCCCGGAGACGGAGCUUCCUGAGGGCAGGGAGGCAGAUGGGACAGGGUUCCCUUCCCCGGCACCCAUGCGCCGGGCCCAGAGCUCCCUCUGCCUGCGGGAUGAGACCUUGGCAGGCGGGCAGCGGCGGAAACUCAGCUCAAGGUUCCCGGUGGGCCGAAGCUCUGAGUCAUUCAGCCCUGGGGACACCCCUAGGCAACGAUUCCGACAGCGCCGUCCAGGCCCCCUGGGGGCACCCAUCUCCCACAGCAAAGGACCUGGUGUGGGAUGGGAGAACUCCGCUGAGACCCUCCUGGAGCACGAAACAGAUGCCAGCCGAGAGGGCCCUGAGGUACAGGAACCGGAGAAACGUCCCCUCACCCCGUCCCUCAGCCAGUGACACCAUGGGGACAGCAGGAUCGGGAGUGCAGCCCUCUUGCCGCUGGAGUGUCAGCGGGGGCCCCAGGCAGCCCAAGAGCUCAGGGAGCCAGGGCCCCCAAGGGGAGUCCUUGGACAAGGAGGCCUGGGCCUGGAGAUCCUCCAUGGUCAGUGCCGGGGCCCGGAGGUGGAGCUGGGACAAGUGUGUGGACAGGGGGGACAGCUGGUCCUCACGAAUGGCUCUAGGCCGGGAUUCUAGCUCUUCCAGGUGGCUCCCGCUGAGGCAACGGUCUCUGGGGGAUCCCCCAGCUGAAGGAGGCUGGCAGGAGUAGAGCCCCCUGCCCAGUCCAGGCAGGGAGCUGAGUCCCAGUGCCAGGAGAUUGUGGCCUGGGCUGAUCUUGAGCCUCAGCUGGACACGAGGGGCAUGAGAAUAAAGCUGAACUGCAGCCUUCUGA